UUCUGCACGCUGAUAAAGAGUGAUCUCCACUCCAUGCACGACGAUAUGCCAGAUGGCAUGCGGUGGCAUCUCAGAGACGGCCCCAGCUACGAGUCUGCGUGCAGCAGGUGCGAGGUCAGAGUAACGCUGCACAUGCCACACGACAUGGACUCUCUUCUGGACGCGCUGAGAUGGCGGAAGCAGGCCAAGAACCCGCCGAGCCUAGGUGGCCGAAUCAUCGUUGCGGAUGUCAACGUCGACAACGUGCAACUCAUGGUUGGUGACCGAUUGGAACCGUCGCGAGAUCUGCCCGACACGGUCAAGCUUGACACGUCGCGCCUUCCGAUUACCAUCACAUUUUGGCGGACUCGCAGGGAUCAUAAAGGGCGUUCGACGGACUGCGUCACCCAUCGGCGUCCCAUGUUCGAUCGCUGCAUCGGCACUAACGUUCGCGACAAUUUGGCGGUAGACGAAUUACAUUGCCUGUAUUGUGGCCCAAUGAUGAGGUACGUCAGUGCUUGCAUGUGGCGAGUGGUUCUCCCCAACACUUGGAACUUCAAUGGCACUGUCGAUCAAAUCGUGACGCAGGCGGGCCGCCAGAUAUCAGGUGAGUUGAAGGUGUGGCAGCGCGACAACAAUGCACCUUUUGGAAUGAGGCUGGGUGCGAUCACGCCCAAUAUGCUGGGCAAACGCAAGGGCUGGACUACACGGGGCGCAAUUGGGUACAAAUAA